AUGUUAUUCGAAAUUUUCGCACUUAUUUUUGCAAUCUCUAUUGGUUAUUGGUAUUUGUAUUCAGCUGUGAGUGGGUUUUAUGGAAAUUUGGUUCUUUACAGUAUGCCUAAAUUUAUUGAAAAAAAUUCUGGCUUAGAAGGAAAGUCUUUUGAUGUUCCCCCCUGAAAUAAAAUGAGACUAGGUGGAAUCAACUACAUAUUGAUAGGUAAGAAAAAGCCCAACGGGAUUAAGGAAAUAAAAAUCUAUUUCAGGAGUUACGGUAACUCCUCAAAUUUUGAGAUAAAAAGCCUAUGAUUUCAAAAAAUCGUAGUUUGGCUCAAAGUUAACGAAAAUGAUCGGUCAAAAAUGCAUUUUGAUGCUAAAGUGCUCAAUUUUUAGCUAAAUGGCGCUCGUAAUCUCAAAAUUUUUCAAAAUGAAAAUUUUUCAAAAAAUGACCCCUUUCUCAAAAUGUUGAAAUUUCACCUCUAAAACGCUACGAGGGAAGAACGACGUCCGACGCACCGUGUUCUACGUCAAAAAUUACGUAUAUUGACAUAUUUAAAUAUAAUACCUACCGACCUUUUAACCUGGGAAAAAAAUGAUUUCAAAAAUUUUCACACAAAAAAUCAUGUUUUCUCAGAAUAAAAUCAUUUUUUUGAAACAGUAAUCAUUAUUUCUUUGUUAUUUUUUUCUCAAAACAUUAUUUCUGAUUGUUUUUCACCUUUUUGUAUGAUUUCUGAAAAUUUAAAAAAUUUCAGAUUUUAUAUCAUCGAUUUUGGAACCACUUCGAAAAUUAAAAAUCAAUUAUAGCUCGAUGAUAGAAGUUAAGGACUUUUUUGGAAGUUCUAACGCAUUACAUCUUUUUUUGCAACUGGGAAAAACACUUUUAAUAAUAUAUCUGAACUUCCAAUUCCCAGAUGAAAAUAAUCGUCUUGAGAAAAAAUGGCAAGAAUUAUUUAAUGAAACAACUUUUAUCGAUAAUUUUUUCGAAGGUCUCUAAAAUUGUCCGUUGACAGAUAUAUUGUUAAAAGUGUUUUUCCCAGUAAGAUGUAAUGCGUUAGAACUUCCAAAAAAGUCCUUAACUUCUAUCAUCGAGCUAUAAUUGAUUUUUAAUUUUCGAAGUGGUUCCAAAAUCGAUGAUAUAAAAUCUGAAUUUUUUUAAUUUUUCAGAAAUCAUACGAAAAGGUGAAAACAAUCAGAAAUAAUGUUUUGAGAAAAAAAUAACAAAGAAAUAAUGAUUACUGUUUCAAAAAAAUGAUUUUAUUCUGAGAAAACAUGAUUUUUUGUGUGAAAAUUUUUGAAAUCAUUUUUUUCCCAGGUUAAAAGGUCGGUAGGUAUUAUAUUUAAAUAUGUCAAUAUACGUAAUUUUUGACGUAGAACACGGUGCGUCGGACGUCGUUCUUCCCUCGUAGCGUUUUAGAGGUGAAAUUUCAACAUUUUGAGAAAGGGGUCAUUUUUUGAAAAAUUUUCAUUUUGAAAAAUUUUUUGAGAUUACGAGCGCCAUUUAGCUAAAAAAUUGAGCACUUUAGCAUCAAAAUGCAUUUUUGACCGAUCAUUUUCGUUAACUUUGAGCCAAACUACGAUUUUUUGAAAUCAUAGGCUUCUUUAUCUCAAAAUUUGAGAAGUUACCGUAACUCCUGAAAUAGAUUUUUAUUUCCUUAAUCCCGUUGGGCUUUUUCUUACCUAUCAAUAUGUAGUUGAUUCCACCUAGUCUCAUUUUAUUUCAGGGGGAACAUCAAAAGACUUUCCUUCUUAUUUAUUUCGAACAUUUUUUUUGAAAUAAAUUAUUUUUCAGAAUAAUGCAAAUGGGAAUUCGAGUACAUCAACAACUCGAACUGAAACAAUAAAAACUGCGAGAAGUUCAAAUUUCACUGAUACAACAAAUGUGAAUACAGCUAGAUCUAAUCCACAAAUCUCAAUAUGUUCAACAUCUUCUCUUGCACCUCUCACUUCGAAACACGAUAAUGUUCAGUUUCCGGAAAAUGAGAAUGAUUUGAAAUCAACGAAAACUGUGAGUUAUACGGUAGACAAAGUUUUGAAAAUAUAAUUUUAGCUUCCAUCAAUAACACAAAACGUGAAUGAAAAAUCUGAGCAAUGGCCAGUUUCGACUGUAGAAAAAAGUGGAGAAAAAGCUGGAGGCAAAGAGAAAAAGAGCACAUAUGUUUAA